GUAGCCGGGGCAGACAUGCAGCUAGCGGCGGCAGGCUCCUUCCUGACCUUGCUCCAGGAUGACAUUGUCCUCAUCCAGACGCACACCCACUCCAUCCUACAGAUCGUUCUACUUAACCUGGACCACCGGGACACAGUGGUGAGCAACGCAUGGCUGGAAACUUUGCUGUCUGCAAUCGAUGCUUUACCAAAGGAAACCAUCAGACAGGAGAUCCUCAGCCCGCUUGUGUCCAAAGCUCAGCUGUCUCAGUCCCUGCAGGCCCGUUUAGCCAGCUGUCGUAUCCUGGGGAAGGUGGCCUGCAAGUUUGAGUCUCCCAUAGUGAAGAAGGACCUCCUGCCCCUGGUGAGGUCCCUGUGCCAGGACGUGGAGUACGAGGUGCGCUCCUGCAUGUGUCGCCAGCUGGAGAACAUUGCCAGAGGAAUCGGACUGGACCACACCAAGGCGGCAGUGCUGCCUGAGCUCGUAGAGUUGGCUCGGGACGAGGGGAGCACAGUGCGCCUGGCUGCCUUCGACACCAUCAUUAACCUGCUGGAGAUGUUCGACAGUGACGACAGGACGCGUGUUAUCUUUCCGCUGGUGAAGACGUUCUGUGAAAAGUGCUUUAAAGCUGACGAGGCGGUGCUGGCUUCGCUGUCAUUUCAGUAUGGCAAGCUCUGUCACGGACUCUCAGCGUCUUUCACGGAGGAGCAGCACCUGUGGUUCCUGGAGUUCUAUAAGAAGCUGUGUGUACUGGGCCUGCAGCAUGAAAACGGCCACUCAGACAACCAGGUCUACCCGCUGGAGCUGGAGAGCAAGUACGCCCUGGUGCGACGCAAUUGCGCCUACAACUUCCCCGCCAUGGUGUUAUUCGCUGACCCCAACCACUUCCUGACGGAGCUUUACCCCACCUUCUCCAGUCUGUGUCAUGACCCCGAGAUCACGGUGCGACGCACAAUGGCCGAGGGCUUCCACGAGAUUGUCAAGCUGUUGGGCCCCAAUGUCCACUUCAUUCACAAGGAGCUGGUUGUGUUACUGCAGGACGACUCACUUGAGGUAUUAGAUGCAUUGCUAAGCCAUCUUCAGGAGACUCUGGAGUUGGCCACAUCGAGAGGAGAAGGGCCAGGACCCGAGAGCAAGCUGAUUGUCCCCGAGCUGGUCCCGGCGCUGGCGGCGGCCGAGCAGAAGGCUGCCUUGUCGCUCCGCUGGCGGGUGCAUGAGAGACUGCUGCAACGCUAUGCCUGCCUGCCCCGUGUUGUUUCCGCCGACCAGAUCUACUUCCGCUUCCUGCAGAGGAUGUUCGCCAUCGUCACCACCAACAAUGUUCUCCCAGUCCAGAGAGAGGCGGCCAGGACGCUGUGUAUGUUCCUACGCUACAACCGCAAGCAGGAACAGCGGCAAGAGAUCAUCGGCAAAGUGCUGCAAGAGCUUGCUCAGGGCAGAAGUUACUGGAACAGGCUUCGCUACCUGGACCUGUGUGAGAUUGCCAUGGAGCUCUUCUCAAAGGCCUACUUCUGCAAACACUUCCUCAUCCAGGCUCUGGAGCUGGUCAAUGACCCUGUAGCCAACGUCAGGUAUAAGCUGUGCCACAUGCUGCCCCGGCUGAGGUCCACCAUCAGGCUGCCUGCAGACAAACACCUCCUGCAACAGCUGGAGUUCUGCGUCCGCAAGCUACUCUGUCGGGAGAAGGACAAGGAUGUGGUGGCCACCGUCCGCAAGACAGUGCUGGAAUUGGACAAAAUGGACAUCACAGAACCUUACCAUAAGAGACACGAGAGAGAUCUACUAGACCAGAAGAAGGAGAAGGAAGAGACACUACUGCUGGAGAUGGAACAGCUAGAGCGACAGCAGAGCGAAGCCAAGCUCACCAGUGAAAAACACACCGAAAAGAAACGGAGGGACAGUAAGACAGGGUUGUCAGGGACCAAGGGCCUGUCUGGAUCCACGUCCGGGGCCACUUUGUCCACCUCCUCCGGUAAAGAGUUGAGGAAGGCCAAACUGGCACGGAGUCGGUCGCUUAGCAGCCACCCUACUACACCCAAGAUGGCUAAUCCAGACAAAACUCUAAAGGUCAAGGAUUCAGGAAGCUGUCCUGGAAAAGGGAAGAACUUGCUUCCUAUGAAUGCGGACGAGGCUCUGCGGUCGCACCACUUCAGCGUGGCAGCAGCGUCAUCAGUGCUGUCUCCAACUCCCUCGGCUUCCUCCAUGCCCGUCCUGAUCCGCAGCAACACCACCAACACCCUGGUGGACCACCCGCACCAACACCAGCACCGCAGCAGCACCCUGGACCACCGCACCACCAACGGGAGCAAGGACACCCAGUCCAGAAAACUCUCCAUACAAAGGAAGUCCAACUCUUUCGGUAUGCAGUCGGGGAGGGAGUGAAGCUGGCUAUAUGGGGGCGAUGACAGACCCCUUAGUCCCCGGCGAUGACCUUGAGGUCAAGGCAUUGUGAAGAACCGGGUGGCCACGACCACUACACCCCUGCUCCGAUGGUCAUCCUCCUUCAUCUAUCUCAAGUUGUCAAAAGUGUGCAUCUGUCCUCCCCCUGCUUCAGGUUCCAAAUGACAAACAAACCCUAAUAAACACUUCAACAUUGGCUUGCGGGGGAAAGACGUCCGGAGUCUUAAUUACGCCAAUGGGAAACAGAACAGACAUCAAACCCAUCUCUGCCUUAUUCCACAAAUACUCGUAACUCGUUCCAUUCAACAAAAAAUAAGUAAUUACAAACAAAAUAUGUAACAGUAUGCAUUUUAUUUGUACCUUUAUUUAUUGGCAAUUAUUUUCUGUAUUAUAGCAUGCUUUGAAAAGUCUCUUCUCUUAUGUUUUAUAUUUUCCCAAAUGGCUAUUUGAAGACCAAAUGAUCCAACACUUGUGAUUGGUACCGGAAUUUCUCCAUCCCACAAAUGAGAUUGUGCCUGGUGCCUCUGAAGCGCCUGAGUGAUCCACCCAUGCCAACCCUCACCACCCAAUCAAUAAACCUGUGUUGAAUAUGUGAAAUGAUAA